GGAAAGCUUUUCUCCUCCCCCCUUUCAGACACUCUUGCCUUCCCUCUCUCUCUCCCUCUCUCUCUCUCUCUCAUCCCCAAAACACUCAAGAGUAGCCAGAGAAGCAAAAGAGAAGUGAAAGAGGAGGAUCAACAGGCAGCUUGACAAUUUGCUGCUUUCUGCGCUACACACUCAGACUUGUGGAAAGUCUGUGAAGCAUGGAAAUGACUUUGGUUACUUCUCGAUCAAGGCAACUCACUGUCAUGUGGAUGUACUUCAGCCGCCUUCUGUUGUUGAUGCACUGAACAUGGCAAGUCUGUCAGCAAAGAGCCCGGAGAGGCAGCCCGGAGAGGAUUAUCAGGACCAAAAAUGAAAAAACUUUCUGCCUGAUAAGAGGAGAAACUCCUGCAAAGAUGAACCCAGAAUCUCUGGACUCAUCUAUUCAGAGUGCCCUCUCGGCCCUCUUCCCGCCUUUUGAGGCAACUGCACCUAUAGUCCUCAGCCAGCUGUUUCGCACCAUUGAGGAGCGUUACCACGGUGAUGCAUUGCAGUGCCUGCUAGAUUUCCUCAUCCCCUCCAAACACCUGUUGGAGAGUGUCCAACAGGCAGCUUGUGCUGGAUACUCUGAUGUGGUUUUCCGCUGUGAGGGCUGGCCUCUAUGUCUCCACGACAAAACAGUCAUCCAGUUAGCACCUGUAAACCCUUUGCUGCUGCGUCCUGGAGACUUCUAUCUACAGGUGGAACCUUUUGGGGACCAAGCAGCUCGUAUUGUCCUAAAAAGUCUUCUGGAAGAGGGCUGUCGAGAAGUGGAGGAGACUCCCGUGCCUGAAACUUCAUACCCCUGCAUCUUUACUGAAGACUGGUUGCAGGAUAUCAAUGAAGGACGCCAUGGAACCCCUCUGUCACGUUGCUUGCUUUGCACAGAUCAAGGAGUAAUAAAGUUACCCUGGGCCAAAAUAGCUAUCCCAGAGUUUUUGGACAAACCUAAGAUCAUGCCCACUUAUCGGGAAGCUCCUCCUGAGCCAAAGCAGAUCUCAAUUCCCUCCCAUUUUAACUCCUGCACCCUACCAAUGGAAGCCAUGAUUCUUCCUGCAAAAGACAGGAUGUCAGCAUCUUUGAAACCUGCAGACUGUUCUUCCAAACUUGUCAAAAUGGAGCAUGACAGACACACACCCAAAUCAUGCUCCAAACCUUUAAUCAGACCUGUGGGUUGGGUUUCUCCUAAUACCUGGGACAGUCGUAACUAUCGGGAGAUUGAGGGUGAUUAUGUAGACCUGGUGGAUGUCGCCAAAGGGAAGGACUUAGUGGAUAAACAGAGAGACAGCAAUCCAAAUCCACCCAAUUCAGCUUUGUUCAAACCUGUCAGACCACCUCCACCUGUGCCACUUGGGCACAGUGUUCCCUGUGGACACACCCUUCAGUAUGCAGAGGAGCCUUGUACCCCAUGCAGCCAGAGAAAGCUGGGGCAGGAGCUCUCUGAUCAAGACUUCAAGUGCCGGUACAGAGAAUCUUACCUGGCAGCACUGAGGAACCCUGUCACUUUCGAGAGGGGGAGUGUAGACCUCUUGUCUGCCCUGGAGGAGGUUGGCCUUUGUGAAGAGGGGGAGGUAAGACCCAAGGGUACGAUUGAAACUCCAAGAGAUGAACUUGGAAGAAUUUGUAACCACUCUAAAGAGGCUGUGAUUCGUCAUGAGCUCUGCCAGUACAAACACUGCUGUGAACCGACACCAGAAAACUUUGUGUCUCACCUUAAAGACCUUCCUACAAGUUCUGAAUCUGAAAACCUUAUGAAGGAAUCACCCAUAAUUUUAAAAUCAACCCCUGGUUUGAGCCAUAGUCAGAGAGUUCAGACAAAACUUAUUUCCCACCCGUUGGGACAUAAUUCUGGUGUCCAUCCAGGAUCAGAUGUGUUUUUGGAGACCCAUGAUGGCGACAUGAAACCACAGCAUAAGAUGGAGGUUGUAAAACCAUCAGGGAAACACAAAGUUAAGCUGAGGUCUCUGUCCACAGUGUCAGAGACGCCUAAAGGGAGUCCUCUUCUCUAUAAACUCAACCACAGGAGCCACAGUGAUAUCUGCCCUGAAACAAUCUCCAGCAUAAUCCAGUGUAAGAAAGGUGAACUGUUGGAUCAGGUGACUCCGAAGCUGGAAAGACUGGCUGGAAAGUGUCUGGUAAAAAAAGACUCAAGCAGGAGUGAAACUUCCUCCACCACAGAUGGAACUGACUCCAGACUUCACAACUCAUCCUCUCCACAAGUUCAACAUCCUUGCGCAAAUUCUGACACUCUUCAGUCUCCACAAACAGAAGAAUCAAGCUUCAGAAAAAUCAGUGGACUGCUUGAAUUAGCCAUUAUUUGUUUGCCAGGCAGCAAGGACAGGACAGGCAGAGCAGUUGUGGAGGUUCAUGGUGACAGGAAGGAGUGGACAUCGCCACUUGUAUCAGCUCAGAAUGUGUGCGAAUUGCUACUCUACCUGCACUCCAUACCAAGGAAAGAUGUUCGAGAGCUGGGAAUGACGUUGGUCAUCAAUGCCAGGAAGAAACCUCCUCCACCUCACCUCUACAAAGCCCUGCUCAUGGCCCAGGAGCAAGCUCUUCAUGCUGUGCACAGUAUUGUGAUGCUGAUGGACAAAGACACUUGUCCACGCCCUGAAAAACAGCCUGGGCUUCAGAUGGACAUGGUGACUUCUAUGAAAGCCCUAAACAAGACAGUUGAGGCUUCCCAGCUGACAUCUGACCUGGGCGGUACCUUUCCCUACAGCCAUACGGACUGGCUGCAGUUCCAUCAGAAACUAGUUUCCUUCAUGACUGACCUGCGGGGGGCCGACAGCUUGUUGCAGAAGGCCAUCAAAAAAGUUGAUGGGAGCAGAAAGAUAGACACUGCCCAGGAUGUGCAGCAAUGCAUUCAGGAACAGAGGGCUUCAAUGAAAGAGGUGCUAGAGGACACUCGACUGGUCACUCUGCAAAGAGAAGGAGGAGCUGUACUGGCCAGGAUGAGGAGAGAAGAGUUCAGAUUUCCACAGUCUGAAGACUACAGAGAUGCUUUGGAGUCAGUAACAAGUCUGUACAACCAGGUGGAAGAGAAGCUCCACAUGCUGGUGAUGAGAUCAAAUGAGUCUCUGCAGCACCUGGAGUUCCUCUUCAGGCUCAGAGAGAUGGAGGCUAAAAUCAGCACGACUGGGACCUGGUUUAAUACAGAAGGCGAACAGAGACUGAAGGACUCUUACACAACAGAGGAUACCCUGGUGUGCACUGAAAAGGCUUUGCAGCACUUUGAGCAGUUUCUCGCUCAGUCUAAGGAGAAACAACAGUACGCACUGACCCUAGUGAUGGAAGCAGAGGGAAUUGUUGGCGGCAGUGACGCUAGUCCUGCAACAGAAAUUUUUCGUACCCUCGUCAGCACUUUCAAGUCCAACGUGGAUGGUUUUAUGUUGCGGGCCGAAAAGAGGCACAAAGAACUGGACACUCUGGUGUAUGUGUACCGCUUCUGUGAUCAGGCGUCUCUUUUGGCCAAUGAAUGCAGUCAUUUUUUGGAGCAGGUAGAGCAGGGGUGUUACUCAGCUCAGACCCUAAGCACACUCCAGAUGUAUGAAGAGAGAUUAGGUGGCGAAUUCUCCACCCAGCACUUCCAGGGAAUGAAAGUUAAGGCCUGCGGUGUGGGAUCAUGGGCCUCUGGGGUGAUGAAGGUGUGGAAUGCAGCCUUGGUCCAGUGCCAAGAAGUCAAGCAAUGUUUUGAGGACAGGCAGAAGAAGAAAGGAGUAGAUAAGAACCAGAUCCAGGAGACCACAGCUGCAAACUCUCAGGGGGAAGAUGGAGGCAUGGAGAGGAAAGAGAAAAGGAGUGACGUACGGGAGGAUGAGCGCUCCCUGACACCGCAGCCAACCUCUCCUACAGCGGUAGUCGAUAUCUCAGAAAAUGCAAGAGACAGCACCGCUGCUGCAUGUUUCCAGCACCAUUUAAAACCUGACUUGAAAGGGUGUGAGGGAGGAGAAUCCCAAGCACAGGAAUUACCUGAUGCAACAGUUAAAAAUGAGAAAAACGGUUUAAAAACCAAGUGGAAGCCAAGGGAGUACCACAGCGAGGCAGAUCUGAGGAGCGCAGACUCUACCGAAGUGGGUGAUAAUUUUCCAUUGCACAAAGCCUUGGGUCGGUCCCUAAGCGACGGAUCACGCGUUAGCUCACAUUUACCGGGCAUCUCUAGCUUUUCACCUUUGAAUGUCAGACACAAACACUGUCAGAGCAGGAUGCAGCCACUGGAACCAAAUCUGCAGCCUGUCCAAAAUCUGCCCAUUUCCCAUGACGAGAGUUUACGGAAACUGCGGAGGAUAAUGGAGGAGCUGCUGUCCACAGAGAGAGAGUACGUGAAGGCUCUGGGUUACGUCCGAGAACACUACUUCCCUGAGCUGGAGAGGGCUGAUGUCCCACAGGACCUCAGGGGCCAGAGGGGGAGUAUCUUCGGUAACUUAGAAAAACUCCACGACUUCCACCGACAUCAUUUCCUUGAUGAGUUGGAGAGCUGUGAGAACGAACCCCUCAGAGUGGGACGCUGCUUCCUACGACAUAGAGAGAGCUUUGCUUUGUAUGCCCUUUACAGCAAGAACAAACCCCAGUCAGAUAUUCUUCUCAUCAACCAUGGACAGGCUUUUUUCAAGCAAAAACAGCUGAGGCUAGGGGACAAAAUGGACCUGUGGUCGUACCUGCUGAAGCCUGUGCAGCGCAUCAGUAAGUACAGCCUGCUGCUGCAGGACAUGAUGAAAGAGUGUGGUCCAGGACAAACCAGAGAGAUGGCUGAGGUCAAAGCUGCCCUAGAGGUCAUCCACUUCCAGCUCCGCCAUGGCAACAACUUGCUGGCCAUGGAUGCCAUCCACAACUGUGAUGUUAAUCUGAAGGAACAAGGGCAGCUGAUACGCCAAGAUGAAUUCUUGGUAACAUUCAGAAAGAAAAAAUGUUUCCGCCACAUCUUCCUUUUUCAAGAGCUUAUCCUCUUUAGCAAGACACGGAAGACGGAUGUUGGAAAUGACACAUACAUCUACAAACAGUCAUUCAAGACAUCAGACAUAGGCAUGACCCAAAACAGCGGAGACAGUGGCCUGUGUUUUGAGAUCUGGUUCAGGAAGAGGAAAACCCAGGACACAUACAUACUCCAAGCAGUUAGCCGUGAGGUCAAGGAGGCUUGGACCAAAGACCUGGAGCGGAUCCUUUGGGAGCAGGCAGUACACAACAGAGAGGUCCGUAUGCAGGAGAGAGUGUUCAUGGGUAUUGGAAACAAGCCUUUCAUGGACAUCCAACCCAGUGAAGCAGCGAUCAGUGACAGAGCCGUCAACUAUGUACUGAUGGGAAGAAUCUCCGCAGAAAACAGGGUGCUGUCCACUGUGGGAUCAUGUGGGGCACAGGUAAGGCUCCCAGGGGUGAGGCCAAAAUCUGUUGGUUCAGGAAGCAGUUUAUCUUCCUCCUCUUCCUCUGGAGGUUGUUCCCUGUCCCCUGAGGGAUACCGGUGUGGGCUAAAGCGGAGGCCAGUUGUGGGGGUGCUCGCAGGAUAUGUAUCAUCCCCUGGAGCUCUGGAGGAGGAUGACCUGGACCAUGAGAGUGGGAGUCAUAACUUACUAUUGGACAGCUCUGAGUCGUCAGGAGAGAGUGUAAGCGGCUUCAGCAGUUGCAGUCACAGCUACCGCUCUGCUGUUGGAGGAGAGGUGGAGGAUACCUCCUCUGUCUGUGCCUCCGUAAUCACUGUUAAAGAGGCUGUGGUUGCUGAUCGAGCUGAAGCUCCGGCAGCUUUCCACAAAGUAAACGCUCUGGCAGGAUCCCCAGACAAAACCCAACCACCACUUCCACCAAAGCCCAAACCCAAACCACAAUACCAGGCCAAGGAUCUCCCCUGUGGCAAGGUUCAGAACACUUGUGUUGGAAAAACCACAGAGGUUUGACCUGUGAGAGAUGGUACAAGACCUGGUGGCAAACCCAGAAAAGCUGAGAGAAGUCUGCUAAUAUCUGCGUGGAAGAGGAAACUAUUUAAACAGACAAUCUUUAUAUAGUCUGUUACUGUAAUCCAUUACCAUUCUGCAAAUACAUCUUUUUACUCUCACCACUAAAAAUAAAGGUCAGAAAAAUGUCUAUAAAUGUACUAUAUUCUGAAUAUGAACAGUGACACAUUCUGAAAUACAUACUCUACCUGAUGUAGCUUUGCAUAGUGUAUUUUAAAUCAGUUUAGUUUCAUAGUUCAUUCAGAGGAUCAUAGAGUUGCUACAGUCUUUGUAUCUGAGCUUACACGUCAUUUAUAACAAAAUGCUAAACUAUACUGUAGUUUGAAAACAUGGCCAAGUUUUUGUGGUGAAAUAAAAAAUCGGAACAUGUUGUCAUCUCUUUAUGUCCUACAGUAAAUGUAUUACCGUUUGUACAGAUGUAUCAAACUUAAUUUCUUAUUUCCUCUGAGAAUAAAACAGUCAUGGUGUUUUUUCUUUUAAUUAACAGUUUUGUAUAAACUCAUAUGUUACUGCUAUGAAGAUACUGAUAUGUAACAGUUGUAUGGCUUUCUAUUUGAAAUACAGAAUAUUUUCAGUAAUAACGUAUUCUUGCUCUUAUCUGGUUUUAUUUGUAUCUUUGCAUUGUUUUUGUAAUAAACCUAACCAACAGCAUUUAUAGCCAGAUUGAAUUUCUAAACAUGAAUAUUGGCUAAUAUUUUUUCUAUAUUCUGCAUUUGCACAAUAGUUCAGUUUCUUGCACAAAUGUCAGUUGCAGCUCAAAUAUAGUUCAGAAAUGAUAUAAUACACAUGUAACCAUUAGAAUAUCAUACCAUGUCAACCAUGUUUUCUAUUUCUAUCAAAUAAAAUAAAAUGUCUUAGCCACCAAGUGGUAUUUAAAAGGAAA